UACAGAUAGACAGACAUAGAAGAUAACAAAUUAUUAACCAGCCACAGUAUCAGUGAAGUGCCGUAUAUUUCCCCAGGCAGAAUGUCCUUAUUUGCAACGUAUUCAUUUUCGAAAUGCUGUUUUAGCAAUCGCUGGCAACAGCUGAAUUGUUGUCAUAGAAUUCAGCCACUAAAAUCAGGCAAGGCAAUGGGCUGCAUGACUAUGUACGAUAUUUAAAAGGACCGCACCAUUUAUUCCCUGGAGCCAUUAUUGAUCUCACCAAGGGGGAACCCUAGUGGUCAGGAGACCUAGGUGUGUCCGAUCGAAGAAGUUGGAAUACCUCGAUUUACUAUCGCUCUGGAGGACUUUCGAAGUACCUGUUUAGAAAUGGACCAACAUUUAAAGAAGAAGAGUGUGCUUUUUAUGAUGCUUACUUUGAAUGUUUUAAUCGUCUGGUAUUAUGUUUUCUACAAAUCAAGUUUUGGAACAACAUUUUACUAUGCAAUCCAUGGGAGUAGCUCCCUCAUGAAUCUAGCUGACAAAAAAAAAUCACUUUCCAUUAAUAUACAAUCAGAUGCUGUCAUGUGGACUACACAUCCAGUUGCACGCCUGGGAAACAAAAUGGGGGAGUAUGCAGCACUUUAUGCUCUGGCAAAGCUUAAUGGACACCAAGCGUACAUUUUACCAGGGAUGCACAAUGAGCUAGGAAGGAUAUUUAAGAUAAAAUUGCCCGUUCUUCAUCAGGACGUUGCUGACCGAAUUAAGUGGAGGAAAUAUAAUCUGAAAGACUGGAUGUUACCAGAAUAUUCCAACAUCUCUGGACAAUAUGUUAAAUUGUUUGGUACUCCGUGUUCAUGGACAUUCUAUCAUCAUAUAAGGGAAGAGAUUCUACAAGAAUUCACUUUUCAAGACUAUAUUAAGGAAGAAGCAAAUUCAUACCUUGCGAACCUGAAAGGGAAUAGAACAAAUGUGACCUUUAUCGGAGUUCAUGUUCGCAGGGGGGACUAUUUAAGAGUCAUGGCUCAGGAACGGAAAGGAGUGGUAGCUGACAAAAACUAUAUGCAAAAAGCUAUGGACUAUUUCAGAAAUACAUAUGAUAACCCCCUCUUUGUGGUGACCAGUAAUGGGAUGGAUUGGUGUAAACAGAACAUUAAUACUUCUCUAGGAGAUGUACAUUUUGCUGGAGAUGGUAAGGAAGGUUCUCCUGCCGGUGAUUUUGCCCUCCUGGCACAUUGUAACCACACUAUAAUGACCAUAGGGACAUUUGGCUAUUGGGCUUCAUACUUGGUUGGUGGUGAAACCAUCUAUCUUACAAACUUCACUUUGCCAGAUUCUCCUUAUCUUAACAUUUUCAAAUAUGAAGCCGCAUUCCUUCCAGAAUGGAUUGGAAUUCCUGCAGACCUGUCUCCACUUUUGAAAAAAUGAAAUCCUUCAUUUAUUUUUCCUGCAGAUGUCAUUGCUGUUUUAUUUACAGUAAAUUAAAUGUCAAUCUCCUUGUGCAGGGCCAUCUUAAUAGCAUCAUGGGCCCCUGGACAAAGUAAUGCUAUGGGUCCCCUACAAG